AUGAGCACAAUGCAACUAUUUCACCUCGUGCUCGUGAUUCUAACACCGCUCAUGCUUGCGGAACCAGCGCCAGUAUCAGUACCACCGGCAUCAGAAGGCGAUGCGGUUCCGCAAAGAGCAAGGGCAUCAGCCGAAUAUAGUCGCGACGAACAAAUAGUUCAAGGCUUCUACUUUGAGGGCACAAGUCGACUUUCAGACGUAAUGCGCACAUGUUUGUCGCGUGAAAUUGGAAGCACGGAAUUUUCAACCCCGCUCUAUGCAAUGGUUGCAAGAGGAACGCCGUUAUCAAGUGUCACUCUGCAGGAGACGCUCCACCAUUGUAGGCAAGUAACUCAGUUCGAUCUACAGGAUCUGUCUAGAUUGGUGCAGAGCGCCGAGCGCUCUAGGCAUGGUAUUUCUUUAUUUGAUAACAUCGAAACAACGCGGCUCUUGGUAGAAAACGCGAUAUCCAACCGCGUGCUGGUUAAUCUUCUGCUAACAAAGAACAGAGAUCUCGAGUCUCAAAUCCAUGUACUGCGACAGAUCUGCAACAAGCUUACUAGCGGAAUCAGCGAGUCCUCUUCCACCAUAAGCUUCAGCCCUGAUAAUCUCAAGAAACAGCACAUAAUCAAGCGUAGUUCACCAUUCAAGGAACUAAACCUCAACGAGCUUCUCGCCGGCUACACAGCUCCGAGUAGAGUCAAACACAAGACUUCGCUCGUCAUCAAUGACUUUUUACGUGUGAUCUUCAGACAGGUUUGUGGACCAGAUCCCUCAGAUAUAUGGAAUUUUGCUCAUCGUACAUCUAAUGUAUCGCGCAAGCCGGAUUUACAAGAUCUGCCUGAGUCCAUAGUUAUCACACUCAACGAUUUCGUAUUGGAUGCGCUUAGCCUCGGCAACGAGGAUUUGGAGGGAUACAGAUUGAAUUCGAUAAGAAGCUUGCGCACUAGUUACUGGAUCUCUCUGGGUACAUCCGAUGAAGAACGCGAGAAAAAGUUCAACUAUCUGCUGGAGCAAAAAACUUUCUACUGCGGCCAAAUCAGGACCUGUAUCGCAAAGCACUUUGACUGGGAGUCUAAAGAGCUGGUCAAACUGCAACAGGCUUUUAGAAACCAUUACUUCCAUAGCUUUUUGUUCGUGCUUCUAUGCCAGCUCAUGCUUGUGCAAUUAGCUAUAGGACAGAAAGGAAAUGUUUCGACAAUAGGACAAGAACAAGAUAUUUCGGCAGCGGGACAACAACAAAAUAUCUCAGCGACAGAAGAAGGAGACGAAGUCGUUCCUCAAGGUCUCGGAGAUGCUUUUAGCUCAUUCGGUAGAGGUGUUGUGAAUUUCGGCAAAAAAGUUGGAAAUUUCCUAGGAGAAAUGUUCAAAUACCCGAUGUCUUUCCAAUAUAUGCCUUCUUCAUAUGGAUCAUCAAGUCGUCAGCAACAAUACCAACAAGGAUACGGAUACUAUCCACAAGGAUACGGAUACUACUGAGCGAUUACCGAAAUGUGAUAUCAUUCUGUUGAGCUAGAGC